CCAUCCCCCCCACCGCUGAGCGCGGGUCGCGCCCAGGACCCCCCCCACCAUGUUCCACCUGAUCAAGAAGGACAGGGACGGCUCCCGGCGGGAGAAGAAGGAGAAGGCGCGCAUGUCUGCCGCCGAGCUCAAAAGCCUGGAGGAGAUGAGCGUCCGGCGGGGCUUCUUCGGCCUGAACCGCUCCUCCAAGAGGGACGCGAAGAGCCGCCUGGAAAUCUCCAGCCCGAUCCCCAUCAAGGUGGCCAGCAGCUCCGACCUGCAGCUCACAGACAUCGACGCGGACGGCCCCCGGGGGAGCGUGCUCCCGGACGCGGGGCGCCUCGGCGCGGCCAGCUCCAGCGACGACCUCAAGGGCGACGACGGCAACUUCCGGGGCUCGGUGCUGCAGCGGGCCGCCAAGUUCGGCUCGCUGGCCAAGCAGAACUCGCAGGCGAUCGUCAAGCGCUUCUCCUUCUCGCAGCGGAGCCGCGAGGAGAGCGCCUCCGAGACCUCCACGCCCUCCGAGCACUCAGCCGCCCCCUCCCCGCAGGUGGAGGCGCGCAUGCUGGAGGCCCAGCUGGCCAGGCAGGGCCUGGGGCCGGGCCCCCCGGCGCCCGCCUCCCAGGCCAGGCCGCCCGAGGUGGUCGGCAAGCGCUUCCCCGCCGACCUGCGGCUCCCCGCCGUGGUGCCCCCGCAGCCCCCCGUGCCCCGGGAGCUGGAGCUGCAGCGGCGCAGCACGGGAGACUUCGGCUUCUCGCUGCGCCGCACCACCCUGCUGGACCGGGCCGCCGACGGGCAGGUGUACCGGCGGGUGGUGCACUUUGCCGAGCCCGGCGCCGGCACCAAGGACCUGGGCCUGGGCCUGGUGCCGGGCGACCGGCUGGUCGAGAUCAACGGGCGCAACGUGGAGAACAAGUCCCGGGACGAGAUUGUGGAGAUGAUCCGGCAGUCGGGCGAGACCGUGCGCCUGAAGGUCCAGCCGAUCCUGGAGCUGAGCGAGCUGAGCCGGUGCUGGCUGAGGGGCGGGGAAGGCCCCCACCAGGCAGCCUUUGACGCCAAGACGGAGGAGCAAAUUGCUGCCGAGGAGGCCUGGUACGAGACCGAGAAAGUAUGGCUGGUUCACGCCGACGGCUUCUCCUUAGCCAGCCAGCUGAAGCCGGAGGCGGCCGGGCUGCUGCCCGAGGGGAAGGUUAAGGUCAAGCUGGACCACGACGGGGCCGUGCUGGAGGUGGACGAGGACGACGUGGAGAAGGCCAACCCGCCCUCGGUGGACCGCGCGGAGGACCUGGCCAGCCUCGUCUACCUGAACGAGUCCAGCGUCCUGCACACGCUGCGCCAGCGCUACGGCGGGAACCUCGUGUACACGUACGCCGGGCCCAGUAUGGUGGCCAUCAACCCGCUCAGCGCCCCGUCCAUGUACUCCGAGAAGGUGAUCCACAUGUUCAAGGGGUGCCGCAGGGAGGACACCUCGCCCCACAUCUACGCCGUGGCCCAGGCCGCCUACCGGGCCAUGCUGAUGAGCCGCCAGGACCAGGCCAUCGUGCUGCUGGGCAGCAGCGGCAGCGGCAAGACCACCAACUGCCAGCACCUGGUGCAGUACCUGGCCACCGUGGCCGGCGGCUCCGGGAAGGUCUUCUCAGUGGAGAAGUGGCAGGCGCUGUACACCGUCCUCGAGGCCUUCGGCAACGCCGGCAGCUGCCUGAACGGCAACGCCACGCGCGUCUCGCAGAUCCUCUCGCUGGACUUCGACCAGGCCGGGCAGGUGGCCUCCGCCUCCGUGCAGACCAUGCUGCUGGAGAAGCUGCGUGUGGCCAAGCGCCCCGCCGGCGAGGCCACGUUCAACGUCUUCUUCUACCUGCUGGCCUGUCCGGACAACGCCCUCCGGACGGAGCUGCACUUCAGCCACCUGGCCGAGAACCACGUCUUCGGGAUCGUGCCCCUGUCCAAGCCGGAGGAGAAGCAGAAGGCGGCGCAGCAGUUCAGCAAGCUCCAGGCGGCCAUGAAGGUCAUGGGCAUCUCCGGCGAGGAGCAGAAGGCCUUCUGGCUCGUCCUGGGGGCCAUCUAUCACUUGGGAGCUGCGGGGGCCACCAAAGACGCCGACGAAGCCGGGAGGAGGCAGUUCGCGCGCCACGAGUGGGCCCAGAAGGCCGCCUACCUGCUGGGCUGCUCCCUGGAAGAGCUCUCCACGGCCAUCUUCCGGCACCAGGCCAAGGGGGCCCUGCAGCGGUCCACCUCCUUCCGCCAGGGCCCCGAGGAAGCCGCGCUGCCUGACGGCUCAGGCCCAAAGACGUCCGCCCUGGAGUGCCUGGAGGCCUUCGCCUCGGGCUUGUACUCGGAGCUCUUCACGCUGCUCAUCUCGCUGCUCAACAGGGCGCUCAAGUCCAGCCAGCGCUCGCUCUGCUCCAUGAUGGUUGUGGACACGCCGGGCUUCCAGAACCCCGAGCUGGCCGGCCGGAGCCGCGGCGCCACCUUCGAGGAGCUGUGCCACAACUACGCGCAGGAGCGGCUGCAGACGCUCUUCCACGAGCACAGCUUCGUGCGCGAGCUGGAGCGCUACAAGGAGGAAAACAUAGCGCUUUCUCUAGAGGCCCUUGAGCCCGGCCACUCGGGCUCAGUAGCCACAGUAGACCAAGCGUCCCAGCAGGCUCUGGUCCGCUCCCUCACCCGGACCGACGAGGCCCGCGGGCUGCUGUGGCUGCUGGAGGAGGAGUCCCUGCAGCCGGGGGGCAACGAGGACACCCUCCUGGAGAGGCUGUUCGCCUACUACGGGCCGCAGGACGGGGACAAGAAAGGCCAGGCCCCGCUGCUGCGGAGCAGCAAGCCCCGCCACUUCUUCCUGGGCCACAGCUGCGGCACCAACUGGGUGGAGUACGACGCCACGGGCUGGCCGAGCCACGUCCGGCAGAACCCGGCCUCGCAGGGCGCGCUGGCCCUGCUGCAGGAGUCGCAGAAGAAAAUGAUCAGCAGCCUCUUCGUGGGCCGCGCCGGGACCGCCACGGUGCUCUCGGGCUCCGUGGCCGGCCUGGAGGGGGGCUCGCAGCUGGCCCUGCGCCGGGCCACCAGCAUGCGCAAGACCUUCACCACCGGCGUGGCGGCCGUCAAGAAGAAGUCGCUCUGCAUCCAGAUCAAGCUGCAGGCGGACGCGCUGGUGGACACCCUGCGGAAGUCGCGGCUGCACUUCGUGCUCUGCUUCCUGCCCAAGGCGGACGGCGGGGGCGCCGACUCCCGGGGGCCGUGCGCCCGGCGGGUGAGCUGCAGCGAGCUGGACCUGCACGGGGAGCACUCGGAGGCCGGGCUCAUGCAGCUGGACGUGCCCCUGCUGAGGGCCCAGAUCCGCGGCUCCCGCCUGCUCGACGCCCUGCGGGUCUACCGCCAAGGCUACCCGGACCACAUGGUCUUCGCGGAGUUCCGGCGCCGCUUCGACGUGCUGGCGCCUCACCUGACCAAGAAGCACGGGCGCAACUACAUCGUCACGGACGAGAGGCGGGCCGUGGAGGAGCUCCUGGAAUCGCUGGAGCUGGAGAAGAGCACCUGCCUCAUGGGCGUCAGCCGGGUGUUUUUCCGGGCAGGGACCCUGGCCAAGCUGGAGGAGCAGCGGGACAAGCAGACGAGCCGGAACAUCGCCCUCUUCCAGGCCGCCUGCCGGGGCUUCCUCGCGCGGCAGCAGUUCAAGAAGAGAAAGAUCCAGGACCUGGCCAUCCGCUGCGUGCAGAAGAACAUCAAGAAGAACAAGGGCGUCAAGGACUGGCCCUGGUGGAAGCUCUUCACCACCGUCCGGCCGCUGAUCGAAGUCCAGCUCACCGAGGACCAGAUCCGGGGCAAGGACGAGGAAAUCCAGCAGCUCAAGAGCCGCCUCGAGAAGGUGGAGAAGGAGCGCAACGAGCUGCGGCUGAGCGGCGACCGCCUGGAGAGCAAGAUCGCGGAGCUGACCUCGGAGCUGACGGACGAGCGGAACACGGGGGAAUCGGCCUCGCAGCUCCUGGACGCCGAGACGGCGGAGCGGCUGCGGGCGGAGAAGGAGAUGAAGGACCUGCAGGCCAAGUAUGACGCCCUCAAGAAGCAGAUGGACUCGAUGGAGAUGGAGGUGAUGGAAGCCCGCCUCAUCCGGGCCGCCGAGCUCAACGGCGAGAUGGACGAGGAUGACGCCGGCGGCGAGUGGCGGCUGAAGUACGAGCGGGCCGUGCGCGAGGUGGACUUCGCCAAGAAGCGCGUCCAGCAGGAGUUCGAGGACAAGCUGGAGGCGGAGCAGCAGGGCAAGCGGCAGCUGGAGAGGCGGCUGGGGGACCUGCAGGCCGACGCCGAGGAGAGCCAGCGGGCCGUGCAGGCGCUCAAGAAGAAGUGCCAGCGGCUGACGGCCGAGCUGCAGGACACCAAGCUGCACCUGGAGGGCCAGCAGGGGCGCAGCCACGAGCUGGAGAAGAAGCAGCGCAGGUUCGACAGCGAGCUCUCGCAAGCCCACGAGGAGGCCCAGCGGGAGAAGCUGGCCCGCGAGAAGCUGGCCCGCGAGAAGGACACACUCAUCGCCGAGAUGUUCAGCCUGAAGCAGCAGCUCGAGGAGAAGGACUCCAGCAUCGCGGGGCUCACGCAGAAGGUCGAGUCUCUGGAGGCCGAGCUGCAGGACCUCUCCUCCCAGGAGUCCAAGGACGAGGCCUCCCUGGCCAAGGUCCGGAAGCAGCUCCGGGACCUGGAGGCCAAGGCCAAGGACCAGGAGGAGGAGCUGGAUGAGCAGGCCGGCACCAUUCAGAUGCUGGAGCAGGCCAAGCUGCGGCUGGAGAUGGAGAUGGAGAGGCUGCGGCAGACGCACGCCAAGGAGGUGGAGAGCCGCGACGAGGAGGUGGAGGAGAUCCGGCAGUCGUGCCAGAAGAAGCUGAAGCAGAUGGAGCUGCAGCUGGAGGAGGAGUACGAAGAGAGGCAGAAGGUGCUGCGGGAGAAGCGGGACCUGGAGGGGAAGCUGGUGGCCGUCAGCGACCAGGUCAACCAGCGGGACUUCGAGGCGGAGAAGCGGCUGCGGAAGGACCUGAAGCGGACCAAGGCCCUCCUGGCCGACGCGCAGGUCAUGCUGGACCACCUGAAGAACAACGCCCCCAGCAAGCGGGAGGUCGCCCAGCUGAAGAACCAGCUGGAAGAGUCGGAGUUCACCUGCGCCGCGGCCGUCAAGGCGCGCAAGUCCAUGGAGGUGGAGAUCGAGGACCUGCACCUGCAGAUCGAGGACCUGUCCAAGGCCAAGGGAGGGCUGGAGGAGCAGCUCAGCCGGCUGCAGCGGGAGAAGAACGACAUCCAGAGCCGCCUGGAGGAGGACCAGGAGGACAUGAACGAGCUCCUGAAGAAGCACAAGGCCGCGGUCGCGCAGGCCUCCCGGGACCUGGCCCAGAUCAGCGACCUCCAGGCGCAGCUGGACGAGGCCGGCAAGGAGAAGCAGGAGCUGCAGGAGAAGCUGCAAGGCACCCAGAGCCAGUUGGAGUUCCUGGAGCAGUCCAUGGUGGAGAAGUCGCUGGUCAGCCGGCAGGAGGCCAAGAUCCGCGAGCUGGAGACGCGCCUGGAGUUCGAGAGGACGCAGGUCAAGCGCCUCGAGAGCCUGGCCACCCGCCUGAAGGAGAACAUGGAGAAGCUGACGGAGGAGCGCGACCAGCGCGCGGCGGCCGAGAACCGGGAGAAGGAGCAGAACAAGCGGCUGCAGCGGCAGCUGCGGGACGCCAAGGAGGAGGCGGCCGAGCUGGCCAAGAAGGAGGCCGAGGCCAGCCGGAAGAAGCACGAGCUGGAGAUGGACCUGGAGAGCCUGGAGGCGGCCAACCAGAGCCUGCAGGCCGACCUGAAGCUGGCCUUCAAGCGCAUCGGGGACCUGCAGGGCGCCAUCGAGGACGAGAUGGAGAGCGACGAGGACGAGGACCUGAUCAACAGUUUGCAGGACAUGGUGACAAAGUUCCAGAAGCACAAGACUAGGCUCGAGGGCGACUCGGACGGCGACUCCGAGCUCGAGGACCGCGUGGACGGCGUGAAGUCGUGGCUGUCCAAGAGCCGGGGCCCCGGCAAGGCGGUCUCCGAGGACGGCAGCCUGAAGAGCAACAGCCCCCCCGGCUACCGGAAGUCCUUUUCGCACGACAAGUCGGACCAGGAGCGAGACCUCGUUGACGGCGCCCACAGGCCCAAGCACUCUGCCUCGAGCGACCCGAGCGACGCCGACCCGGACGGCCCGCCGGCGGAGACGACAGCAUAGGCCCGGACCACCUCCCCCCGGCUGUGCAGACGCGGCCCGUGGCCUGGCAUGGCCGAGGAGGCCCUCCGGGGCGACUGCUGCGCUCCUUCCGUGCCGUGGAGGGAAGCGGCCCCUCGGCUCGGACGCUCGUCCUCCUCGCGGCCGGAAGGGGUGGGCAAGCCCCUGCCCGCCGCGGGGCUGCCCCUCGUGCGCCGGACGGACGUCCCGCUCCCGCCAAUCGCCUGGCGUGGCCUUCCCCCGUGGCCACAGGACCGGGCCGCUGCGGGCAGGGGGAAGCUGCGCCCCUCUCUGGUUUCUCCCCGCGUGAGAGAGCAAGCGAGCGAGCGUGCCCUGGGGGGCCGGGCGGGGGCUUCCUCUCGCGGCGCCCGACCCUCUCGCCUCGCUGCAGUCCUUCCCAGCGUCCCGUCUUCUCUCGUCGUGAACUUUGCUCGUUUUUCGUUAAACUUGAGCCAGGAGGCGCGUGGGGGGGAGCCGUCCGGGGCCCUGCUCCCCCCAGCCGGGCCGUUUCCUCCGUUGCAAAACCCGGUUUUGGCCCUGGAGCCCCCUCGCUCUUUCCACCGAGGCCUCGAGUGCAGAGCCGCCUGCUUUCGCUUCGCGCGUGCCGCGCCGUCCCUCUCCCCACAGUCUCUCGCACUUGGUUUCGGGGGGCGGCGCCAGUUACCCCGAGCAUCUCCAGACCUACCUUUGGAAGCACCUGGGGGGCAGCAGAGACUCCCCCCCCUUUCUGCAACCGCUCGCCUGCCGCCUGGCACCCUGCGUGGGCUCCCACGUCGGACCGAGCCCGGCCACCUUCCUCCCGCGCACCGGAGGUCCAGUAGCCAAACGUGGCUGGAUUAUUCCCGCCCCCCCCCCCCCGGCCCUUUUGCACGAGAGCUUCCCUGCUUGCUUUCCCGGCAGACCUCCAAAGGCGCCUCCCGCCUGGGUCUCUCGCAAGCACACGCAGGCUGCCCCCUCUGCAACCUGCUCCCCCCAUGCUUGCCUGCGCCCCGCUUGUAAGUUAUACGCGACCGGGCUCGAGGCCGGGGGCGAGGGAGGCCGGAGGGGGCCUUCCUGCUCCGCCCCGCUCCCCCUGGGCCUGGGUUUGGGGCACCUGUUUUGCACUAGUGCAGUUGAUCUCUUCUCUUCUCUUGGCCCCUCCUCGUCUGUCGACUCUGAACAAGAAAAUAAACGGCAUUUGCGGCUGGGGGCA